GUGCUCACACAGUUUGAGGCCACCACUGCCUCCAUCAAGGGAAUCGAGUCAAAGAUGUCAAAGGUUAGCCAGUACAUGGAGGCGGUGCAGGCCCAGCGCAAAAGUCUGAGUGCACAUGCCGAGGUCACCAGCAGCCUCAUAGACGGCCUGGGUGAGUCCAUCGCCGAUCAAAGCGAAGCAGUGUUCGACUAUUUCAAUUCUAGCUUCGAACACUUUGCUGGACUGGUGGAGACGUUGGAGACCUCGCUUUUCAACCUCAAACUGCAGGAGCAUUCUAGGAUAGCUUGUUAUAGCUUUGGCGCUUAA